ACAGGGAGCCGGCCCGCCCGCGUGCCCGCCGCGCGCUCCCGUGCCGGCUCCGCAUCCUCAGCCCCGGCAGCAGCCCCCGCAGUCGCGACCGCGCCCGCUGCAGGGAGGGAGGAGCCUCUGGGGAGGUUCCAAGUUGGCGGAGCCACUGGGACCCCCCCCCCCCCCCCCGACUCUCCGGCGCUGCUCGGGGAGGGCCCGAGGCGCGAGCAGCAGGGCAGGGGGCACCGCCUCGUCCCAAGUCCCCGAGCCCUGAGCCCUGACCCCUGCCCGCGGCCGCACGAUGCGCGCUGAGCCGGCGUGACCGGCUCCGCCCGCAGCCUCCCCGCAGCUCAGCCCGGCGCUCUCCCCGUCCCAGCGAGCGGCGCCCGGAGCUAUGAGCCAUGAGCCCGCCCGGCGGCAGCAGCGCCCGGCGGCCGCCCCCCGCGGGCUGCAGCUUCCCGGGAGCCUCCAGCGACCCCCGCGGCCCGGCGCCCGCCCGCGCCCCGGCCCGCGCGCCUCCCGGCCGCCUGCUCGUCCUGCUCCUGCUGCCUCCUCUCGCCGCCGCGUCCUGGCCCCGCGCCUGGGGGGCUGCUGCACCCAGCGCUCCGCUUUGGAAUGAAACUGCAGGAAGAAAGUUGGGAGCCGCAGCAGAGGAAGGCGGCACAUGGCCACAGAACAGCAGCGGGAACACCAGCCACGGCGGUGCCACGCAGAAAGAGAUCACCUGGCCCUCCAGGCUGGUCUAUUACAUCAACCAAGACUCCGAAAGCCCUUACCACGUUCUCGACACAAAGGCGAGGCACCAGCAAAAACAUAACAAGGCUGUCCAUCUGGCCCAGGCAAGCUUCCAGAUUCAGGCCUUCGGCUCCAGGUUUAUUCUUGACCUCACACUGAACAAUGGCCUGCUGUCUUCUGAUUACGUGGAGAUUCACUAUGAGAAUGGGAAGCCGCAGUACUCUAAGGGUGGAGAGCACUGUUACUACCAUGGAAGCAUCCGAGGUGUCAAGGACUCCAGGGCAGCUCUGUCGACCUGCAAUGGACUUCAUGGUAUGUUUGAAGAUGAUACCUUUGUGUAUAUGAUUGAACCACUGGAGCUGACUCAUGAUGAGAAAAGCACAGGACGACCACAUAUAAUCCAGAAAACCUUGGCGGGACAAUUUCCUAAGCAAAUGAAGAACCUCAGUGUGGAAAACAGUGAUCAGUGGCCCUUUCUAUCUGAAUUACAGUGGUUGAAAAGGAGAAGGAAGAGAGCAGUGAAUCCAUCUCGUGGUGUGUUUGAAGAAAUGAAAUAUUUGGAACUUAUGAUUGUUAAUGAUCACAAAACGUACAAGAAGUAUCGCUCUUCUCAUGCGCACACCAACAACUUUGCAAAGUCUGUGGUCAACCUCGUAGAUUCUAUUUACAAGGAGCAGCUCAAUACCAGGGUUGUCCUAGUGGCUGUGGAGACCUGGACUGAGAAGGAUCACAUCGACAUCACCACCAACCUUGUGCAGAUGCUCCAUGAAUUCUCCAAAUACCGGCAGCAGCGUAUCAAACAGCACGCCGAUGCUGUGCAUCUCAUCUCGCGCGUGACAUUCCACUAUAAGAGAAGCAGCCUGAGUUACUUCGGAGGUGUCUGUUCUCGCACAAGGGGAGUUGGUGUGAAUGAGUAUGGUCUUCCAAUGGCAGUGGCACAAGUAUUAUCGCAGAGCCUGGCUCAAAACCUUGGAAUCCAAUGGGAACCUUCUAGCAGGAAGCCAAAAUGUGACUGCACGGAAUCCUGGGGAGGCUGCAUAAUGGAGGAAACAGGGGUAUCCCAUUCCAGAAAAUUCUCAAAGUGCAGCAUUUUGGAAUAUAGAGACUUUUUACAGAGAGGGGGUGGAGCCUGCCUUUUCAAUAGGCCAACAAAGCUUUUUGAGCCCACAGAAUGUGGAAACGGAUACGUAGAAGCUGGGGAGGAAUGUGACUGUGGUUUCCAUGUGGAAUGCUAUGGACUGUGCUGUAAGAAGUGCUCGCUCUCCAAUGGGGCCCACUGUAGCGAUGGGCCCUGCUGCAACAAUACCUCGUGUCUGUUUCAGCCAAGGGGAUACGAAUGCCGAGACGCUGUGAAUGGGUGUGAUAUUACCGAGUAUUGUACUGGGGACUCUGGCCAGUGCCCACCAAAUCUUCAUAAACAAGAUGGAUAUGCAUGCAAUCAAAAUCAGGGUCGCUGCUACAGCGGGGAGUGCAAAACCCGGGACAACCAGUGUCAGUACAUCUGGGGAACAAAGGCUUCCGGAUCUGACAAGUUCUGCUACGAAAAGCUGAACACCGAAGGCACGGAGAAGGGAAACUGUGGGAAGGACGGAGACCGAUGGAUUCAGUGCAGCAAACAUGAUGUGUUCUGUGGAUUUCUACUCUGUACCAACCUUACCCGAGCUCCACGUAUUGGUCAACUUCAGGGAGAGAUCAUCCCAACUUCCUUCUAUCAUCAAGGCCGGGUGAUUGACUGCAGUGGUGCUCAUGUGGUUUUAGACGAUGAUACAGAUGUGGGCUACGUGGAAGAUGGAACGCCAUGUGGCCCAUCUAUGAUGUGCUUAGAUCGGAAGUGCCUACAGAUUCAGGCCCUGAAUAUGAGCAGCUGCCCACUUGAUUCCAAGGGCAAAGUCUGCUCAGGCCAUGGGGUGUGUAGUAACGAAGCCACCUGCAUCUGUGAUUUCACCUGGGCGGGAACAGACUGCAGCAUCCGGGAUCCGGUUAGGAACCUUCAUCCCUCCAAGGAUGAAGGACCCAAGGUGAACCUGGCCACAAGCAGGCUAAUAGGCGCUGUGGCAGGCACCAUUCUGGCCCUGGGGGUGAUUUUUGGAGGCACGGGGUGGGGAAUAGAAAAUGUCAAGAAGAGGAGGUUCGAUCCGAGUCAGCAAGGCCCCAUCUGAAUCAGCUGCGGCGGACGAACAGUGCCUCACACUGUUGGAUUCUGGACGUGACACGCUUUCAGCAGUGUUGCCAGCACUGUUCAGUCUGUAAACAAGAACACUGAGUGGUCAUGACUGUAGAAACUCAAGUUGGGAUGACCUGGAUGAGGUCAAAGAAAACUGUCUUUUUUGGAAAUCAUUUCAGUGAACUCCUCCUGCCACCUGUCAAUAAAAGGGGGGGGGGGGGGGAAGACAGAGUUCUAAAAUGAACUGUUUCAGAAUCUCUUUUUUAUUUUUAAAGGAAGAAGGAACAACAACAACAUCAACAAUUAAGUGCAAUAAAUGAACCAUUAAAGAUAGCAAAUGACUUUUUUUUUCUUCCUCAGCCUGCUGGCACUUAAUAACUUCUAAAUGAUCUGGCAUGAUUUCUUUUCUCUUUUCCUACCAAUGACACACUCCAGUGGCAUGAAGACAUAAUUUUUGAAAGGGUAAAACAUGCAUGGCAUAUCUACAACAAGCAGCUAGCAAGCCAAUCCUCAGCCAAACCUGCAACUGAAUUCCUAAGGUGGAGAUGACAGGUGAACCUGGGGAAGCUGCCUGGCCCCGCCCCCUAGUCUAGACCAGGCCACCAACUCCCUGCACUUGUUGGUUCAUUGUCCCAUUCAGUUUCUCUUGGACCAGGCAGCCGUGGGACACAGGAGCUGGGACUUAGGCGUGGAUACUAUUGUAUAGUUCUUUUAUAAAUGUAAAUAUGGAAAUAAGAGAUUUUGACACAUACUGUUCACUUGUCUGUACCGAAAUAUUUUUCUUGCAAAGAUUCUCUGUGAAUUUGAGUUCAUUGUUUGCUCCCCAUGUUUUUGGUUCCUUUUCGCCAUUUCUUUGUCUCUGACCUUCUCUCUUAUAACAUGUUGUACAGUGAUUGUUGGGCUUGCUUAAAAAUGAUGUGGCCACAGAUACAAAGAGUUUGGGCACAAAACGAGUGCAAUUUAAAGAAAUGUUUGAAUGAAACAAAAUGCUUUGAAACAAAAAGUAAACAAAAGAUGAGGGAAACACACAACAACAAAAUAACCCAUAUUAAAAACCCCAAAAUUAUGUAAAUGCAAAUACAUGUACUGGUAAGUCUCUAAAAUUAUUUUGUUGUCAUUAUAAACAUAUGUAUAUAAUGUAAGAAAGUAGACACCCUUUCAAAUUAUUCACUAAAGUGCCAAGCUCAUGAUGUUAGUGUUUGGUUUUGACAAUUUCCCCCCCUGUAUUUAAUGUGAAAGGAGGAUAAACUUAAAGCCUUAAAUUAAAAAUAAUAAUAAUAAUAUUUUUUCAGUGUUGAAAGCUUGGAAAAGAAGUUAAGCUCUCCAUUUUAUUCAUAUCUAUUACUAUCAAUAUUUCAUUCAUGCUUCAUCCUCCUGCCUCAAAAUAUAUAUGGUGGAACCCCACUGUAACACUGGCGAUGAGACAGAAAUACCAAUCCCCUUUCUGUGAGCACUGCUGGCAUAGCCUUUACUUCUGUGUGCUGUGUUUUCAACAAGCCUUGAUGGGCCCAUGGUGUGCUGCUGGUCUGUGGAUAGUUGCGCUGGCUCACAGUGGGGUUCUAUAUAUACAGAGUCACCUUCUUUUCCCUCCAGGAAGAUUUGCAGAUGUAAUCUGGAUUCCCACAUCCCUCUGAGUUUAGUUCACUUUCACUGAGGUUUCUUCUUCCAUUAAUAAGCUCAUGAUCGCUUCCAAUCAAGUGUUAAAUACAUUAAUAGAGAAACUUGGUCCCGACUUUGUUCUGAAUGUAAAACUUGUACAUGAUCCAUUCACUGAGUGUCCAUCUAGAGAUGGGGUUUCCUGGAGACUCCAACAUACCCAUACUUCUCUAGCGACCGUUUAGGAACAGGACAUCAGUUAUACUAUUCACAUCAUGACAACCACGGCAGUGAGCUGUAAGUCCCUUUUCAGCACGCUUCAUGACAUUCGUCUCACAACCUUGGCUUUGACUUUGGAAAGGAUUCUGUCUUCAAAAUGUGCUCUUAAAACAUUAGAGUUUUUCCCACACAUAUAUUGUUUACUUCCCCUCUCCUCCCCCCCGCUUUUUUUCUCUCCCAUUCCCCUCUCCCCCUUUCCCAUAUAUUUUAAAUCCUGGAGGUAGCACAGUCCUAGAGCAGAAACUUUCUAUCUGCUACAAUUGACCAUAACCUAACAUCUUCCUCCUGCUGUUGCUUUCUGAGUACUAGGUGCUACACAGGUACGCAGUCUUUCUCUAGAGCUAGCUGUAUGUGUCUAUUGUGCAAACAGGGUUCUUUCUCUACAAGGUAGACCAACCUUCUUCUUGGCUUCCUAAGACACAGGUUGUGCAUCUCCCUUCCCUAGUGGCAAUGGCUCUUUCACCUCCGAGGAACUCGGAUUACUUGGCAUCUCUUCCUGUCGCUGCAUAUUUCUGUCUCUGUUGCUGGGUCCUACUCACUCCUGGAUUCUCAGCCACUGCUGAGUCCACCAUGUACAUUUCACUGCUCUUCCAGAGGCACCUCGUGACUUAAUAGAAACACAACCAUGGUAGUUACAAAACAAAUUAAAUCUUUAUCAUUAACUUUCGAGCAUUUCACAAACAACAUUGUAAAUGUGCGAUGUUAAGUUUUAAAUCAGACCACAGUGGUCCCCAAAAAAUUAUGUACAUAUGGCAAAUGUCUGUGUAACUUUUUGUUACACUGGCAGUUUCAUAGGUAACGAAACCUAUGCUCCAAUGUUAAAUUAAUUGUGUGUAUAUGUAAAAUACACAAGCUUUAAGCUGUGUGUAUGAAUAUGAAAGAUUAUGCAACCAUACCAAUCGUAAACUAUGGGUUCUAAUUAUUUUUGGUGGUAUUAGGUUAUGUAGUUUCCAACUCAGCUGUAUUUUCUCUUGCACAUGCUGUUCACUUGCUGAUUUCUGUGAUGUGAAGAAUCCUUGUUGUUCAUUUGAGCUCAAAGCACAAGUAUUAUCACCAUUCAAUGUUACCCAACAAGAGUUAGUGUUAAGUAAUGACAAGUUCCCAUCUCACCCGCUAUAUGUUCACUGCAUUAAAGAACAACACAUGGAUGAGGAAAUGUAGGCUGACUUCAUUGCUCACCUAGGAUACUGCAUGAGCCCACUCACUUAGAGCUACUCCUAUUAGAUAAAUGAGCAGUACACGUAGGUGCAUGGUUUGAAACAUGACUCACAUAGGGUUGCAGAGUUUGACCAAGUGGUAUGUGUGUUUUUUGGUUUUCUUUUUUUCCCCUUUACUAUGCAAAGAUGGGAAAUGCACAAACUUUUCAAAGACCAGUGUCUGAAGAAUUUUACCAGUAAUACUUGAACCCUUUCUUUAAAAUCAUCCCGUCGUAUUUUACAAUCGUUCCUUCCAUUGUUGAUUUUCAUUUUUAAGUGGCUUGUAAUUUUUUAAGUACACAACCUGGAGUUUUGUUUGAAGUUAAUAUAAUUCAUUCAUAAUCUUGUAGACUGCCUAUGAAUGGAGUUUCAGUACUCAUUGUAUGCAUCUUUUAGUCAAGUCUGUAUUAAAACUUUUGUUAACAUAAAUGUUGUGGCUUUGUACUUUAGUCAUUUAUCAUAACCCCCUUUCCUGUGUUCACUGGUGUUGUUGAAUAAAUGGCCAUAUGCCAGAUGUCA